GAAGUGCGAAACAGAGAGAAAACAAAAGAGGAAACAAGAGAUACAAAUACAGAAACGAGUACAAGUACAGAGCAGGUGGAGGACAAGAACUACUGGCGGAAAGUCAAGGAAGGACUUGGUGGUGCAGUCGCGACAGCGGGAAGUAGAGACAAAUGUGCCGAAAGUGAUGAAGGGCUAUCGCCGACGUUGUUGUACAUACGCCCGGCAGUCGUUCAACUCGCCAUUGCAUCGGAGGACACUGUCGAGUUGCUGACAUACACUUCGGAAGACUCGGAUAAAUUACGGAUAGUGUUGGAGAGGCAUUAUCUAGCAGGGAGCAGACGUCCAGCUGACGAUGGUCGAUAUCAAAGUCUGUGGUCGCGUUACGGACACCGGACUAACAAGAAGGCAGACAUAAGAAGCCAGGAGGGCGAGCAGGCCGACUUUGCGGUUCGUUACCGUAAUCGAGGUGUGGAAUGA